AUGUUAAAUUUAAUUUUCAUUCUUGUUUCAGGAAUUUAUUCUCAAGAACCAGAACUUUGCUAUAAAUUAGAUGGUCAUUUAUGUGUGAACAACCAAAUAGCAGACACGACAUUUGUGCCCUUGGAUUCAACUAUAGGUUUAUGGAGAUUCGACAAGAAUCAGAUGGAUGAUAGUCAAUUGUUAAACCACCUAUUAUAACCUUGUGAGCUUGGUCCAGGUAGAGGAGCUGUUGGCAAUUCUGCCUAUUAUAGUGGAGAGCAAUAUUCGAUAAUCCCACAUCAUGAUUAAUACCAUGACAUAGUCACAAUCUCAAUGUGGAUCUACCCAUUGUCCUCAUAGUAGUCAUUUACAACCAUUUUGCGUAAGGCUUUAAAGUCUACCGAAUAUACUCCAACUAUUUUGUUGUGGCCAUUUCAUGAUGAGGCCAAUGUUGGAGGGGGACAAAUAGAAGUGAUAGUUAGUACAUCAUAUGACAAGGAGAACCUGCGUAGUAAGGGGAGUGUGACUGGCAGGAAGUGGAAUCAUUUAGCAAUUGUCUUGUAAGGUUUAAGCAUUGAUUUAUAUAUAAACGGUAUUCACGACAAUGUAUUGUCUUUGAAGGCCAGACCCUUGAAAAACGAUGGACCCUUUUAUGUGGGAGGAGAUCCCUGGUUCAACGGUCCUCUAUUAUAUUUAGAUGAUUUAACCUUCUACAACAUACCAUUCUUAUAAUUGGAAAUCAGCAAAUUAGUUAAUUUCCCUGGACAAGUAAACAAUAGACUGUUCUAUUUGGGUUGUGAUGGAUGCAAUUACCAUCAGAGUUUGAGUAGUUGUAAAUAAGGAUGGCAUUUGUGUUCUCUGUCUGAAUUAACAUCUGGAAUAUAUAUGCAUGCUCGUUAAAAUGGUUGGUUGCGAUUAACAAAGGAUUUUUGGUCAAGAGUGGAUGAAAUAGAUUAAGAAUUGGCGAAGAACUAUUUAGAUCCUCAAAAAACAAAGGCUGCUAUUUGUUGUUCAGAUUCUUUUUAUUGA